GAGGAGGAGGAGGAGGAAGAAGAAGAAGAGGAGGCGAUUCAUUCCGCCGCCUCCGCCGGGCGGGACGUGCCGAGCAGCCCAGGAUGCGUCCCCCCGCCCGCCCUUCGUCUGCUCGGGCUGCGGCAUCUCUGAGGGAGCCGCGGAUUCCGCCUAUGAAGCCUUCCGCAAUGAGCAAGCGUAAGCUGAAGGAGAGCAGUGCAGAAAGUGCUGAGUGCAUUUCCCAGGUGCAAAAAAUCUUACGUGAAAGAUUCUGUCAUCACUGUGCUGCUGGAAAACUGUUUGGGAUGGAGCAGCAGUACAGACAUUUGCUGGAGCUGCUGAAAAGAACCACGGUGCACGGGGAGAGCAAUUCCGCCCUCAUUAUUGGACCCCGGGGAUCCGGGAAAACUGCGUUAUUAAAUCAUGUCUUAAAAGACCUCAGGGAAAUGAGAGAAGUGAGAGAGAACCUCUUGGAAGUCCAUCUGAAUGGGCUUCUGCAGACAAAUGAUAAAGUGGCCCUGAAGGAGAUCACCAGGCAGCUGCAGCUGGAAAAUGUGGUUGGGGACAAAGUUUUUGGCAGUUUUGCUGAAAACCUUGCCUUCCUCCUUGAAGCUCUGAGGAAAGGAAGCCGAACCAGCAGCUGCCCAAUUUUGUUUGUCCUGGAUGAGUUUGAUUUGUUUGUCCACCACAAGAAUCAGACCCUUCUCUACAAUCUCUUUGACAUCUCCCAGUCUGCCCAGACCCCAGUGACAGUCAUUGGACUCACCUGUAGGCAGGAUAUCCUGGAGCUCUUGGAGAAGAGAGUAAAGUCAAGGUUCUCCCACCGACAGAUAUAUGUGAUGAAUUCCUUUGAUUUUAAACAAUACAUUAAGAUGUUUAAGAAACAGCUUUCUCUUCCUGCUGAAUUUCCUGAUGAACCUUUUGCACAAAAAUGGAAUAAUAAUGUUCAGCAUCUGUCAGAGGAUAAAACUGUGCAGGACGUGCUGCAGAAGCUCUUCCACCACAGCAAAGACCUGCACUCGCUGCAUUUGCUGCUGAUGCUGGCUGUCAGUGCGGUGACCGUGCACCACCCCCUGCUCACGGCUGCAGACCUGCAGGAGGCCAGCAGGCAGCACAGCGCCGACUCCAAGGCAAACAUUGUCCAUGGUUUGUCUGUGCUGGAGAUCUGCCUCAUCAUAGCCAUGAAACACCUGAAUGAGGUCUAUGAUGGAGAACCAUUCAACUUCCAGAUGGUUUACAACGAAUUCCAGAAGUUCAUCCAGAGGAAGGCACAUUCUAUGUACAACUUUGAGAAGCCAGUUGUCAUGAAGGCCUUUGAGCACCUGCUGCAGCUGGAGCUGGUGCAGCCCCUGGAGCGGCCGUCGGUGCGGGCGCAGCGCGAGUAUCUCCUGAUGAAGCUGCUGCUGGACAGCAGCCAGAUCAUGGACGCCCUGCAGGUGUACCCCAACUGCCCCACGGACGUGAAGCAGUGGGCAGCCUCCUCCCUGAGCUGGCUCUGAGCUCCAGCACACCUCUGCAGAGGCACUGUUCCCCCGCAGGAAGGUGCUCAGCUCAGUUAAGUUUUUGGAAGCAGCUUUCUUUGCUGAUCCGUUUGGGAUUUUCUAGGGAGAAAGGGGCUGCUGUUCCCUUGCAGCAGGCAGGACUGUGCCUCGCUCACACCCCCAGGUGCUUUAGCUCAGCUCCGUGCCAAUUCCUGGCUCACACACAGUUCCCGCUUGGAGAAGUCCAGGCUCUGGAGUUUCUCCCUGUGGCUGAGGGCUCUGGAUCGUGGCUCAGGCCCAGUUGCCCUCCUGGCUCACUUCUACAGCCCCGUCAGCUCGAAGCUCACACUCCAGGCUUCCAUCUCAAAUCUCACCUGACAUGGAAAAUUUACCCAAUUCGAUCUUUAAUCGCAACCACAUUUACUUCAUGAUGUGUUUUAGUGCCAAGUACAAGGUAACAUCUUCCCCGCCCCAGUUCGUUGUAGCGAAACUCAAAGAGUUUGGCUCAAGAACUGCUGUAGGCCCAG